AUGGCUCUGGUGAUGGACCCCAUCAGUAAAUGGAGCCCGAAGCAGGUCCUCCAGUGGAUGAGAGGACUGGACGAUUGUUUGCUGCAGUAUGUGCGAGUGUUCGAGCGAGAGCGGAUUUCGGGCGAGCAGCUGCUCCACAUCACCCACCAGGAGCUGGAGGAGCUGGGAGUCACUCGCAUCGGGCACCAGGAGCUCAUCCUCGAAGCUGUGGACCUGCUCUGUGCUCUGAAUUACGGCCUGGAGACGGAGAACCUGCGCUCGCUCUCCCACAAGCUCAACGCCUCAGCUAAAAACCUGCAGAACUUCAUCACGGGACGGCGGCGCGGCGGUCACUACGAUGGCCGGGUGUGUCGACGGCUGCCCAACGAUUUCCUCACCAGCGUGGUGGAUCUGAUCGGAGCCGCCAAGAACCUGCUGGCCUGGCUGGACAGGUCACCGUUUGUCAGUGUUACUGAGUACUCAGUGCUGAAGAACAACAUUGUCCAACUCUGUCUCGAGUUAACCACAAUAGUGCAACAGGACUGCACUGUUUAUGAAACAGAGAAUAAAAUUCUACAUGUGUGUAAGACCUUAUCGGGAAUCUGUGAACACAUCAUCUCUCUGUCGUCUGAUUCGCUGGUGUCUCAGUCAGCUCACCUGGAGGUCGUCCACCUCACCAACGUCCUGCCCAACGAGGGUCUGGGCAUGUACAUUAAAUCCACCUACGACGGCCUGCACGUGAUCACUGGCACCACCGAGAACUCUCCUGCUGACCGCUGUAAGAAGAUCCACGCCGGUGACGAGGUCAUCCAGGUCAACUAUCAAACUGUGGUGGGUUGGCAGCUGAAGAAUCUGGUGAACUCUCUGCGUGAGGAUCCGAACGGCGUCGUGCUCACGCUGAAGAAACGACCCCAGAACUCACUCAGCUCAGGACCGGGUCUCCUCAAGAACAGCCGCUGGAAACCUCUCGCUCUGCAGCCCCUCUCCACCAGCCCAUGUAGCGAGUCCACAACACCCCCCGGCACUCUCGGAGUCUCACCUGGUUUGGACACGCCCUCAGGACACGACGUGUUUAUACUCUCUCCUGCGUAUGGACACAGAGAGGAUGAGCUGGACCGGGCCGGUUUUGGCGUUUUCGGAUCUGAAGGCUUCUUCAUGGAUCAGGAGGGGAUGGUGGGAAGUCACUUUCCUCUGCUGGAGGACGAAACCAGCAGAACCGUUGGACUUCGGCGCAGAGACCGAACCCCCACACGUGGGGACCCUCGGCAGGUCUCUCUCGCAUCAGAGUGGCUCGCUGACCCCCAGGAGUCUGGAGUUUACAAACGAGGAAGCAGAGACUCGGACUCAUCUCUGAUGCGCUUCCUGAGCGAUGACAGGAUGCUCGUCCUACAAGAGGAGGCGGAUUUUUCCCAGCGCGACCCCACUCGGCGAACCAGGAAGAAGAGCCGCAAUCCCAGCAGCCCCAGCUUUCCCAUAAGCCCCUCCAUGCUGGCUCCACCCGUACGGCUGGACUCGGGACCCCCGGAUGGGCUGCCUUUCUCUCUGCCCGACUCCAACACCAUGCCACAUUACCACAGAGCUACAGACACACUCCGAGCAGACACAGACAGGUAUGCCAGUUCAGCAGGGGACCGACAAGCAGGACCAUCCAUGAGGAAGUCAGUGCAUUAUGCUUCAUUAAGGACCAAGACCAAGAAAAAGAGCAGAGGGUCACAGAGUAACUCGAGUCGGCGGCGCAUCGCCUGUAAGGACCUUGGUCAUGGUGACUGUGAGGGCUGGCUGUGGAAGAAGAAAGAUGCCUCGGGUUACUUUACACAGAAGUGGAAGAAGUACUGGUUCGUCCUCAAAGAUUCGGAUCUCUACUGGUACACCAACCAGAACGAUGAGAAGGCCGAAGGCUUCAUCAGUUUGCCGGAGUUUCGGAUUGACAGAGCGAUUGAGUGCAGGAGGAAACAUGCCUUUAAAGCCUGCCAUCCUAAAAUUAAGAGCUUCUUUUUUGCGACGGACCACUUGGAAGAGAUGAACAGGUGGAUGAAUCGCCUCGGCUUGGCUGCGAUCGGCUACACUCCUGAUGACCCGGUGCCACGCCCAGAUGAAGAUUACUGGAGUGAAAGUGAUCAGGAGGAGAUCGAUGGAUCCAUGACGCUCAAACAGGAGUCGAGCUACCACUGUAACCCUUCCGCGAGCUCGUCUGCCGGCUUUGGCGAGCGCCACUUCUCCAGCGGCUCCACCUUCUCUCAUUCGUCUGCCGAGGACUCGCACUCGUCCUGCCGCUCUACCCAUCGCGAGCAUGAGCGCCGCUCCUGGCAGGACCUGAUCGAGACCCCUGUGGGCUCUUCGGGUCUUCACUACCUUCAGACGGGCGCCGGGGGGGACGGACGGGUACCGAUGUCGCCCGAGAGGCUGCGGCAGGCCACGCUGCCCGUCCGGCGUCGACGUCCGCCCCAGCAGGACGGCCCGUUCCCCCUGACAGACAGCGAGGAGCCCCGACCGCGCGGCCACGCCCAGAAACAGCGGAGCCAGAGCCUCCCGCGACACCGCUCGCAGGGCACCCUGCGGCCUCGGACCCGGCUUUACGAACAGGACGAAGAGGAGGACGAGGACCAGGAGGAGUCGAGCGUGUGCAAGGUCCAGCAGCGCGUCUGCGAGCCCCUGAAACACGCGAGCGAGGAGCCGGACCCUCUGGAGGAGCUCUAUCGCUCUCUGGAGCAGGCGAGCGUGUCCGCUUUCGGUCAGCAGCGACCCUCGACGCGCCAGGAAUUCCGGCGCUCUUUCGUGAAGCGCUCUAACGACCCGGCAACUAACGAGAGGCUCCACCGCAUACGGGUGCUGCGCUCCACGCUGAAGGCGAAAGAGGGAGACCUGGCCAUGAUCGGUCAGGUGCUGGACGACCCCUGCCUGACCUCUCGCAAGUUCCGUGAGUGGAAGCAGAGGCACCAAGAACUCUAUCUCGAUAUCUGCGAGUUCAGCUCCGCCCCGCUGGAACUGCCCGCCGAGCCCGGCGACCUCUCACCUCUGUCUCCUACACUGCUCAUGCACACACACUCCUUUAUCGAGACUCACGUCUGAAACACACACACACACACAUAAUCGUACAGACGUUUAAAGACACAUCUGGAAUACACUCACACCCACACCUGCGUAACGAACCUGAAGGAAACGACAUGCGCCGGACACGCUGGACAGGCCACGACUUGAAACACUGUGCCCCUCCUCCUCUUCCCUCUGAUUGGUUACCUGACCUUUAAUUGACAGCUGACUGAGCCAGUCCACUGUAACAGAACUUUGUUUGGUGUCUGUGUGUGUGUGUGCAGGUAAACGCGCCUGUUUCGGACAAACACACGUCCAGACACGCUUCCUUUCGUCCGACAGUCUUGCAGUUAUCGUGCACUUGUGUGUAUCAUCGUUUUCCUAAUGCGCCGCUCCACGCCGUGAAGGAAUAGUUCGGCCCAAAAUGAAGCAUACAGCGUUACCACUAGUCCGUCACUCACUCGGUCAGUCCUCGGGGCAACUGAGAAAAGCCCUCAGAUAGUAACCAGGUUCAAACCAAACCCAGAUCCACAGUACCACCUUAAAGCUGUGCAGCAUCCACACUACCUUCUGUGCAAAUAAAUACAUUAUAUAUGCAGUAUAUAUGAAUAUCCGAAGAACACCCGAUGUGAAAACUGUGAGGUCUUCAUUUUUGGCCGAACUAUCAACCAAACAAAGUGCUUCGUUUGUCUCCGUCCAUCGUCUCAGCGCCAGGAUCUGCAGACGCCAUGCAAACGAUUCGUCUCACCCUACAUUUAAACCCGUCUGGAGUUUUUUUUGUUUGUGUGUAAUUCUCAGAAUGUUUGUUUGUUGUAUUUCUUCCCUCCGGAUGCUGCAGGACGAGCGCGCGCUCAUGUAGCCAUGGGCAACGGGCUUCACUCUGUUACCAAGCAACGCCGCCCUACUGUGUUAACUCUCAGAGCAUGCAAGGAUGUGUGUUCAUGUGUGCGAAUGCGCCGGAGAGAAAGCUAGCCAGACUGAUGCACUUCCCGCGGCGCGUCCGUGCGGGACGCCCGUGUAACGAGAACCUGGGUUCUUUAGAGUAUUUAGAACAUAGAUAAACUCCUGCAUGGUUUAAAAAGACGUAUUAAUAUAUGCCAGAUGAAAACAGUAUGUAUAUAAGAAAAUAUUCUUUGCCUAGCUGCAUCCUCUGUUGAAAACUGUGAACUUUAAUUGUGAAUGCAAUCUUCUGGCACUGCAAAGACAGAAGCUUUCUAUCUAUUUUUUUUCUUAAAAAAAAAGGAAC